AUGCUGCUGUGGGUGUCACUGCUGGUCCUGGCUCCUGUCAAUUUCGUCAGCGGACAAUUUGCUACCGAACCAAAAUCUGUAAUUUCCCUCCAUCCUCCAUGGACCACUGUCUUCCAAGGAGAGAAAGUGACACUGACUUGCAAAGCAUUUCCCUUUGAUGCACCAGAGAAAAUAAAAUGGUACCAUUGGUAUCUUCAGGGAAAAAUGCAACCUGAAAUCUCAGGAAACACCCAUGAGGUCUAUGAAUCUGGAGAUUACAAAUGCCAGGCCCAGAACUCACUCCUAAGUAAUCGUGUGGAAUUACUCUUUUCUUCAGCCAACCUGAUCCUGCAGGCUCCAAGUGAUGUGUUUGAAAACGAGUCUGUGCUUCUGAGAUGCCGAGCAAAGGUGAACACAGUAGUGAAUAGUAUGAGGCUGUCCAAGAAUGGAAAACACCUGGAGGUCCUUGAGAAAACCAAUGAAUUCCAUAUUCAUCAAGCAAGCCUGAAGGACAAUGGUGAUUAUCACUGUACUGGAGUUAAGGAAGAUGGUCACUUGGUUUCUUCAAACCAAGUCAAAAUCACAGUCCAAGAGCUGUUUCCAAGUCCUGUGCUGAGAGCCAGCUCCACCCAGCCCACUGAAGGGGACACCGUCACCCUGACCUGUGAGACCCGGCUCUCUCCACAGAGGUCAGAUGUCCAGCUCCAGUUCUACUUCUUCAGCGACAGUUGGUCCCAGCGGUCAGACUGGAGAAACUCCCCAGAAUUCCAGAUCCACACCAUACGGAGCAAAGAAUCAGGGUCUUACUGGUGCCAGGCACAGAGCGUGACUCCCCCUGUCCAGAAAUACAGCCAGAGAAUACAGAUACAGGUGAAAAAAGCUGUUCCUGACAUCCGAAUAUACUCCAACUCACAGCUGGUGUUUGAAGGGCAGGAGCUGGUUCUCAUCUGCUCAGUAAAUGGAGUUUCAGGGCCCAUCACCAUCUCUUGGUACAGAAAACACAACAAGCUGAGGGCAGAAACAAAGCCUCACACUUCCCGCAAAACAGAAUUGAAGAUCCCUGUGGUGCAAAAGAGCGAUGCUGGAGAGUAUUACUGUGUUGCCAAGGAUGGCCGCUCCUCCUUCCACAGUGACCCAGUGACCAUUAGUGUGCAAGUCCCCGUGUCUCAACCUGUCCUCACCCUCAGCCCUCCUGGGACCCGGACUGUUGUGGGAGAUGAGGUCAGCCUUCAGUGUGAAGUUCCGACAGGUUCUCUGCCCAUCUCGUAUCAGUUUUUCCAUGGAGGUGUGUUGCUCAAGAGGAUAGAAGGCACUUUAUGGAGAACAGCGCCCUAUAGAUUCUCUCUGACUGCAGAGCAUUCCGGGAACUACUACUGCACAGCUGACAAUGGCCUUGGCCCCCAGUCCAGUGAGGCCGUGAGACUCUCUGUCACAGUCCCCGUGUCUCAACCUGUCCUCACCCUCAGCCCUCCUGGGACCCGGACUGUUGUGGGAGAUGAGGUCAGCCUUCAGUGUGAAGUUCCGACAGGUUCUCUGCCCAUCUCGUAUCAGUUUUUCCGUGGAGGUGUGUUGCUCAAGAGGAUAGAAGGCACUUUAUGGAGAACAGCGCCCUAUAGAUUCUCUCUGACUGCAGAGCAUUCCGGGAACUACUACUGCACAGCUGACAAUGGCCUUGGCCCCCAGUCCAGUGAGGCCGUGAGACUCUCUGUCACAGUCCCUGUGUCUCAACCUGUCCUCACCCUCAGCCCUCCUGGGACCCGGACUGUUGUGGGAGAUGAGGUCAGCCUUCAGUGCAAAGCUCAGAGAGGUUCUCUGCCCAUCUCGUAUCAAUUUUAUCGUGAAGGUGUGUUGCUCACAAAGAUAGAAGGCACUUUACAGAGAACAGCGUCCUAUAGCUUCUCUCUGACUGCAGAGCGUUCCGGGAACUACUACUGCACAGCUGACAAUGGCCUUGGCCCCCAGUCCAGUGAGGCCGUGAGACUCUCUGUCAUCGUUCCAGUAUCUCGCCCUGUCCUCACCCUCAGGGCUCCCAGGGCCCAGGCUGUGGUGGGGGAUGUGGUUGAGCUUCACUGUGAGGCCCGGAGAGGCUCUCCCCCGAUCCUGUACCGGUUUUAUCGUGAGGAUGCCGCCCUGGGGAGCAGCUCAAGUCCCUUUGGAGCGGGAGCUUCCUUCAAUUUCCUUCUGACAGUAGAGCAUUCUGGGAACUACUUCUGUGAGGCCAGCAAUGUCCAGGGCACCCAGCGCAGCGACACAGUGUCACUCAGUGUCAGAGUUCCAGUGUCUCGCCCUGUCCUCACCCUCAGGGCCCCCAGGGCCCCGGCUGUGGUGGGGGACAUGGUUGAGCUUCACUGUGAGACCCGGAGAGGCUCUCCCCCGAUCCUGUACCGGUUUUAUCAUGAGGAUGUUGCCCUGGGAAGCAGCUCAAGUCCCUCUGAAGGAGGAGUGUCCUUCAGCCUCCCUCUGACCACAGAACAUUCUGGAAACUACUCCUGUGAGGCUGCCAAUGACCUGGGAGCCCAGCGCAGUGAGGUGGUACCUCUCAAUGUCAUAGUUCCAGUGUCUCGCCCUGUCCUCACCUUCAGGGCCCCCAGGGCCCAGGCUGUGGUGGGGGACAUGGUAGAGCUUCACUGUGAGGCCCAGAGAGGCUCUCCCCCUAUCCUGUACCAGUUUUAUCACGAGAAUGUCACCCUGGGGAACAACAUGUCCCACUCUGGACAAGGAGUGUCCCUCAAGCUGUCACUGACCACAAAUCAUUCUGGGACCUACUCCUGUGCAGCCGACAAUGGACUGGGUCCGCAGUGCAGCGAGGCAGUGACACUUUUCAUCACAGGGCUGACAGGCGGCAGAAGUAGCCCUGUUGCCACUGGUGUCACCGGGGGACUGCUCGGCAUCAUGGUUCUUGCUGCUGUGGCACUGCUGUUCUACUGGUGGCUCCCAAGAAAAGCAGGAGGAAAGCCUACAUCUGACUCCUCCAGUAACCCUUCAGCUUUGGACCCCCAAGAGCCCACCUACCACAAUGUACCAAGCUGGAUAGAACUGCAACCAGUGUACAGCAAUGUAAAUCCUAACGGAGGCGACGUGGUGUACUCAGAAGUCCGGACUGUGAAGGGGGAGGACAAACAGGCAGCUGCCUCUACAGCAGAACUUAUCAAGAACACGGAUUCCUGCGUCAUCUACUCCCAGGUGAAGGGGGCGUCCACCGCAGCCCCUAAGCCCCAGCUCUCGGCUUCAUCCACUCCUCACAGAUGAGUCCACACAG